AUGGAGAAGUCGUCGGUUCUGGGCGUCCGUCUGUCCUCAAAAGAGAAAUAUUGGCUCAUUUGUUGUGUCGCUGCAGUAGUGAUAAUUGCCUAUCAGUUUACAAGGCUCCGACCUCAGGCUGCACAGAUGAUCCGAUCUGGGGGUCUGAGGGCCGACUCGUCUCAGUUCACUUUAGAAGGGAAACCCUUCCGGAUCCUGGGGGGCUCGAUCCAUUACUUCAGAGUCCCCAGAGCCUACUGGGAGGACCGGCUGCUGAAGCUGAAGGCCUGUGGCCUGAAUACUGUCACAACGUAUGUGCCAUGGAACCUGCAUGAACCUGAGAGAGGGGUGUUUGACUUUCAGGAUGAGCUGGAUCUGGAAGCUUACCUCCGUGUUGCAGCCAACCUGGGUCUGUGGGUGAUUCUGCGUCCCGGCCCGUACAUCUGUGCUGAGUGGGAUUUAGGUGGACUACCCAGCUGGCUUCUACAAGAUCAGAACAUGAAGCUACGAACGACCUACCCAGGAUUCACCGAUGCUGUCAGCUCCUACUUUGAUGAGCUUCUGAAAAGAGUUGCUCCACUUCAGUACUCCCAUGGAGGUCCCAUCAUAGCAGUCCAAGUAGAGAAUGAAUAUGGCGUCUAUGCUACAGAUGACAUGUAUGUGCCUUUCAUCAAAGAGUCGUUGUUGUCCAGGGGAAUCACAGAGCUUCUUUUGACCUCGGAUGACAAAAAAGGGCUGCAGGUUCGAGGGGUGACAGGAGUUUUGGUUGCAAUUAACUUUCAGAAACUGGACUCCAAGGCCAUCCAGUAUUUGGAUGGAAUUCAACCUCAGAAACCCAAGCUGGUGAUGGAGUAUUGGUCGGGCUGGUUCGACCUCUGGGGCGAACUUCAUCACGUAUACAAUGCUGAAGAUAUGAGCCAAGUGGUGACAGAGAUCCUGAGGCUGGACAUGUCCAUAAAUCUUUACAUGUUUCAUGGAGGAACCAACUUUGGCUUCAUGAAUGGGGCUCUAGCUUUUGGACUGCCAGUACCUAAACCCAUGGUUACAAGCUACGAUUACGAUGCUCCAUUAUCCGAGGCCGGGGAUUACACCACCAAGUAUCAUCUUCUGAGGAAUGUAUUCAGCCGCUACCACAGCCAGCCUCUGCCGGAGCUGCCCUCCUCUCAGAACAGGAGGGCCUACCAGCCGGUGAUGGUCCAGCAGCACCUGUCUCUGUGGAACAGUCUGCAGUUUACAGAGAAGCCUCAGAAGUCUGAGUGGCCAGUGAACAUGGAGAACCUCCUCGUCAACAACAACAAUGGUCAGUCUUACGGCUAUACACUGUACGAGACCGCCAUCAGCAGAGGAGGAACCCUCAAUGCAAGGAACAACGUCAGAGACCGAGCACUGGUUUUUGUUGACAAACAUUUUAUUGGUGUUUUGGACUACAAGGUGCAGGAACUGGCCAUAACUGAUGAGAAGGAAAGAAGAACUCUGAGUUUACUGGUGGAGAACUGGGGGAGGGUGAAUUAUGGGAAAACUCUGGAUGAGCAGCGCAAAGGCAUCAUUGGAGACAUCGAGUUAAACACACACCCUCUCAGAGACUUUGUUAUUCAUAGCCUGGAUCUGAAGCCUGGAUUUCUGAACAGACUGGUGACUUCAGGCCACUGGGCGACUCUGCGCCAGCGGCCCUCCUUUCCAGCUUUUUUCCAGGCUAAACUUCAUGUGAACAGCUCUCCUAAAGACACAUUCAUCAAACUCCCUGGCUGGAGCAAAGGUGUUGUGUUUGUAAACGGCAGGAACCUGGGGCGCUACUGGUUCGUUGGUCCUCAGCAAACCCUCUACCUUCCAGGUCCCUGGCUUCACAGAGGAGACAACCAGAUUGUAGUGUUCGAAGAGCAGGAAACAGAUGGUAAAAUCCAGUUCACCAUCACCCCUGACUACGGCAUGACGAUGGAUGUCGAGUGAGGAUGGGAGGGGGCGUUGAUGUCCAUUGAGGACGGGAGGAGAUGUGGUAGGAAGUGACAGAGCUAUGUUCACCCAGGAGUGGACAUCCUGCCUCAUCAGCAGCACUUCAAAAAGAACAUCUCAAACACGGGACAGUCAACUUAACUUUGCUUACAACUAUAUUUUUUAACUUUGUGACAUUUUGUUGAACAUUUUUUAAGUUUUUGUAACGGCGUCUUUUACCUACACGUGUAAACUGGAAAACAAACUGAACGAGACCAAUCUGGAUUAUAUUUAAUGUGCAGGUUUUAUUCAGAGACCUUCAGUAUAUAGUUUACAUGAAGGACCGAGGCCAUGAGAGUUCUUCUGUUGAGAAACCAAGUUUACAAAUUACCUUUGAACAUCUGUUUAUACACAUAAACCUUUGAGUCCGUUUAAUUCACAGAUUAAUUCACAAAGGCUGGGCAUAAUAAAAAUAAACGGUACAUUUUAAUUAAACUGUAUUUUGUAAACACUGGCAGGAAGUGAAUGUUGUGUAGCUGCUGCCAUCAGGUGCUCUUUGUAAAAUAGGAAUGUUUAUGUUAUUCAUUUACACCA